AUGGGAAAAUCACAUAAAUCCGAGAAAAAAUCCAAAAAACAUAAGCACAAGGAACAUAAGGAAAAGAAGAAAUCCCAUAAACACAAGAAGAAACAUUCAAAGUCAAAGGAAGAGGAGAAAGGGGAUAAGACAAAAGACUCCAUGCCAGCAGCAGCAGUAGAUGACCAUGAAGAAGACUUUGCCAUACCAUUAGAUUUAAUGAAUAGUAAAUCACAUGCUCCCGAAACCCCCGAGGAAUAUCAAAAGCGACAAAAUAGAAUUCGCCGGGAAGUAGAUCCCAGUACCGGUAGGGUACGUUUAAUUAAAGGAGAUGGUGAGGUACUGGAGGAAAUUGUAACCAAGGAACGACACAAGGCCAUUAACCGGGAAGCAACACAGGGAGAUGGAGCGUUUUUCCAAGAGAAUACUCUUGGAAAAUUAAAGUGA